UUUACUUUUUGGAACUGUUGAACUAGUGUAUUCUAGGGAGCAUCCUACGCUAGGUGUUCAACUUAAACUCUGCAACCCGAUGGACCUCAAGCUCACUGGGCUGUCUUGUAGUUCCAGAUAGGAGAUUCCUCGCUGUCCGUCUUGUCUACCCGUAAUUAUACGAGGCAAAAACCAGUUUACUUAAAGUUGAGGUAGUACAACGUCUGCCACUUUUAUUAUCUUAUACCAUGAUAAGCCAAGUCCCAUUUAUGAACUCAUCAUUAUAUCAACUCCACUUCUAGUAAGAACAGACUCCUUGUUUUCGCUGCUUUACUCUCUGCAUUAAAAACCAACUUUUUCUUCAAUUUAGUGCCAAUUAUUAUCAACUCUGCUGUUUGUUGGGUUCCUUUCAUUAAAUCAGUGGCAUACUUCUGCUUUCUACCCAUUUCUUAUCUUUUUUAACAGCUCCACUUUUGAUUCUAACUCCUCAACGUAGAUUUGGUCAACAAAAAAAGUAUAACUGCAGUUGGUGACCUUCUCUCCUGCUCCCCUGACUUAAUAUGAAUACGUAGCCUGAGAUGCGAAAUCAGCUCAGGAGCAAGAAUCCAUGGGUUUCAACAGGAGCGUUUUCCACUUCUUCACCUUUCUUCUGCUUGUUUUUCAAGUUCCUUCACUAGCUCUCAACACUGACGGGGUCCUUUUGCUUUCCUUCAAAUAUUCCAUCCUCAGUGACCCAUUAUCAGUCUUGCAAAGCUGGAACUACGAUGAUGAAACGCCAUGUGCAUGGAAUGGAGUGACUUGCGCUGAUAUUGGCAUUCCAGGAACACCAGACACGUUCAGGGUCACCAGCUUGGUCCUCCCAAACAGCCGUCUUCUUGGUUCAAUUUCAGAAGACCUUGGCCACAUUCAGCACCUUCGCCACUUGGAUCUCUCAGACAACCUUUUUAAUGGAACUUUGCCAAGCUCUAUUUUUAACUCAACUGAGCUUCAGGUAUUCUCUUUGUCCGGAAAUGUCAUCUCUGGUCAGUUGCCUGAGUCCAUUGGUGGAAUGACUAGUCUUCAGCUCCUGAAUCUCUCUAAUAAUGCCUUGGCUGGGACAGUACCUGAAAAUUUGACAGCUUUGCAAAACUUAACUGUUGUCUCUUUAAGGAGUAACUAUUUCUCAGGAAAUGUACCUAGUGGUUUCAAUUCAGUUGAGGUACUGGAUCUGUCCUCGAAUCUGCUUAACGGGUCUCUCCCUUUAGAUUUUGGUGGUGGUAAUUUGCAUUAUUUGAACUUGUCUUACAACAAGAUUUCAGGGUCAAUAGCACCAGAGUUUGCAAAGCAACUUCCUCAUAACGCCACCAUUGAUCUCUCAUUCAAUAAUUUAACUGGGGCGAUUCCAGAGUCUCUAUCUUUGCUUAAUCAGAAAACAGAGUCCUUUUCAGGUAAUAUUGAUCUAUGUGGGAAACCGUUGAAAAGCCUUUGCUCAAUUCCUUCAACACUUUCAACUCCACCAAAUGUUUCCCAAUCCAUAUCACCAGCAAUUGCAGUGAUACCACAGUCAAUAGACUCAACCCCUGGAGAACCAAAUACCAUUCAAAACCAAGCACGAGGCAGUCUAAAGCCAGGCACAAUAGCAGCAAUAGCAGUAGCAGACUUAGCUGGUAUAUCCAUUCUUGGCAUGAUCAUUCUUUACGUCUACCAACUCAAGAAGCGAAAAGAUCUCAACCAAAGCACCUCAACAAGCAACCUCGAGAAAAAACCUGACGUACCGGUCUCAAAAGCGCAAGUGGAAUCAGGAACAAUAAUGCCAUCAUCAUGUUCAUGCAUAAAGUUAAAACUCAUAGAGACAUCGGAUACUACCACUACCAGUUCUGAUAGUGACCAGGAAGAGAAAAACCGAGUCAUAAAUUUGAACCCAACUGAGGCAUACCAGAAAGGAGGCAAGCUCGUGACAGUGGAUGGGGAAACUGAGCUGGAGUUAGAGACUUUGCUCAAGGCAUCAGCUUAUAUUUUGGGGACGAGUGGAUCAAGCAUUGUUUACAAGGCUGUGCUAGAGAAUGGGACUGCAUUUGCAGUCAGAAGGAUUGGAGAGAGUUCGGUGGAGAGGUUAAAGGAUUUUGAAAGCCAAGUUAGGAUUAUAGCCAAGUUAAGGCACCCAAAUUUGGUUAAAAUUCUUGGGUUUUACUGGGGAGAUGAUGAGAAGCUUGUUAUCUAUGACUACGUCUCCAAUGGCAGCCUCGCUUGCUCAAGUACUUACAGAAGAUCAGGCUCAUCAUCACCUUGCCAUUUACCUUUUGAAGCCCGUCUUAAAAUAGCAAGAGGAGUGGCUUUGGGACUGGCCUACAUUCAUGAAAAGAAACAAGUUCAUGGCAACAUCAAACCAAGCAACAUUCUUUUAAACUCCAAUAUGGAGCCCUUAAUUAGUGACCUGGGACUAGACCGCCUUCUCUCAGGCAACGCCAGCUACAAAGCAAACAAUUCAUCAGCCAGGUUUAUAAGCAGCCAACGGUCCACAGCUUCUCGUGAUGGCCCAUCCUACCCCCGAACCAGUCCAAGCCCCCAUGUGCCUGCCACUGCCAGCUAUUCCACAGGAAUAUAUCAAGCACCAGAGUCAUUAAAGAACCUCAAACCAAACCCGAAAUGGGAUGUCUACUCAUUUGGCGUAAUUUUGCUUGAACUUCUCAGUGGGAGAGUGUUCUCAACCAGGGAAUUGGGACAGUUGGAGAUGCCAGCCGGUUCAAUCGGGGAAGAAAAGAUCCGGGCUGUCCGCUUGGCUGAUGUGGCGAUAAGGAGUGACGUGGAAGGCAGGGAAGAAGCCAUGCUGGCGUGUUUUAGAUUAGGGUUUAGUUGUGCAUCAUUUGUGCCACAAAAGAGACCGUCCAUGAAAGAAGCAGUUCAAAUCCUAGAAAAAAUCCCUGAAGCUGCUUCUUCUUCCUCCUCUUCAUGUUAAUGAAAUGAUGCAUUUGGGUCCUACAAAAAGUGCUCCAGCGAGCUCUAAAGUAAUUUUCUUUUGCCUUUUUGUCAAAUCCUUUGUUGACUUGAAUGCUUUGCAUAAUUACGAGCCGGAUAGAAUAUUGUUGAUAGCCUAUGCGAGAAAAAGCGUCAC